AGUUCUUAAAUCUCAGUUCUGUGUAAAUUUCUUGAUUCUCCAGAUCUCUGAUCUUUCUCGGUUAGCUAAAAUUCGUUUGUGGACCCCUUUUGACAGAUUCUUGUCGAUUUUAGGGAAAAGAAGAGAUGGGUCAAGUGUUAGGAUGUGUCCAAGUCGAUCAGUCAACUGUUGCAAUCAAAGAAACGUUCGGAAAAUUCGACGACGUUCUCGAGCCAGGUUGUCACUGUUUGCCAUGGUGCUUAGGGAGUCAAGUAGCUGGACACCUCUCCUUGCGUGUUCAACAGCUCGAUGUUCGCUGCGAGACCAAAACUAAAGAUAAUGUGUUUGUCACCGUUGUUGCUUCCAUUCAAUAUCGUGCCUUAGCUGAGAGUGCUCAAGAUGCUUUUUACAAGCUUAGCAACACCAGGAAUCAGAUUCAAGCUUAUGUCUUUGAUGUGAUCCGAGCAAGUGUGCCUAAGCUUGAUCUAGACUCAACCUUUGAGCAAAAGAACGACAUUGCGAAAACCGUUGAGAGUGAGCUUGAAAAGGCCAUGUCUCAUUACGGAUAUGAGAUAGUCCAGACGCUCAUUGUUGAUAUCGAGCCAGAUGUGCAUGUCAAGAGAGCUAUGAAUGAGAUCAAUGCUGCUUCAAGAAUGAGAGAGGCAGCGAGUGAGAAAGCAGAAGCAGAGAAGAUACUUCAGAUCAAGAGAGCUGAAGGGGAAGCUGAAUCAAAAUACCUUUCAGGUCUUGGUAUAGCACGUCAGAGACAAGCCAUUGUGGAUGGUCUGAGAAACAGUGUGCUGGCCUUCUCUGAGUCUGUUCCAGGAACAUCUUCCAAAGAUGUCAUGGACAUGGUUCUGGUGACUCAGUACUUUGACACUUUGAAGGAGAUUGGUGCGUCUUCGAAGUCAAACUCGGUGUUCAUACCGCAUGGUCCAGGCGCUGUUAAGGACAUUGCUACACAGAUAAGGGAUGGUCUACUUCAGGGAAACGCUGCUGCUGAGUAAGAGAUCUUUAGAGUACAAAGCUUUCUUCAGGUUUUAGUUGUGUUGCUACUUGGUUUCUUUUUAUCUUUAGCGGUUGGGCUUUUUAUUGUUAAAGUCUUUAUGGAUUCCGUUUAAAUACAUAUCGUUGGUUUGUCUAUAGGCUUGUGGAUUUGAAUCAUAUGUUUGGUUUUGGUUAUAUGUUUUGGGCUUUGAUAGUAUUUGACAUAGUUUGGUUUGCUUACUAUCCUGAAAUAGAGAAAGUAGCAUUUACAAAAAUAUGUAAAAUAAAUAACCAGAUAAUGACUUGUUAAAUAAAAAAAGUGUACCUAAC